UGCUCAGUUAAGAGUUGAUUGGUUCAAUGUAUGAAGUUAAGAAGCCUCGAUGUGGAAAAAAGUUGGAGCUUUCUUUUUAAUUUCUUUUAUCUCGCUAGUCGGCUGCCAGUUCUUCGAAUGCCACGAUGACCCUGGUUACGACCCUGGGGAGGGCCCGCUGACUGAUCUGCAGUUCACCUGGCUGGGGGCUCUCCAGUACAUCCAUGUAAAGAACGGGACGCCCCAUUACUUCCGCGUGCCUCGGGUGGUGCUGAUCACGAGGCAGUUCGCGCUGUCCACCGCCAUGGACGCCGCGCAGAUACCCGAGGGAUAUGCCUUAGGAAACGUGGUCUUCGGCGAGUACGAGCGUGACGAGGCGGAAUGCCAAGUGACCAUCGACGACCUGGCCAGCGGAGCGCAGUGCGACCCAGCGGUGCUGCUCAUGCCGAUCGCUGACGUCCUCCUCCAUCCAGAAUACAAGCACUUCGGAGCCAAGAACAGCAUCGCUAUACUGAAGAUGAUCACGCCUAUUAAAUCUAUAUACAUGCUGCCUGCUUGUCUUCCAUUCAAGAACUAUCUGAUUCAUAGGAAUGGGAAACAAACUAAAGAAAGACUGUUCCACGUUGAUUUCAGCAGCGAUGUUCCUAGAGAUUUUAUUGAGGAAGAAAAAGAAGUUACCCGUAUUAGACUACUCCCUAGAGAGUUGUGCUUCUUAUACGACUCACCAGACAACAGUACAAACAAAGUGGCUAACAGGAUAGCUUGCAGCACAGGCUGUGGCUUCCAUUCCGGAGCUCCCACGCUGGUGCACGAGCAUACUGGACAUUGGUCUAUUGUUGCUCUAUCUCAGGGAGGGUACCCCUGCCCUGAUCCCCUCAGGAGUCGACGUCCCCCUGCACCACCAAGACACCUCCUUCUCCACCCAUACGUACCUUGGAUAACUGCUGCCAUCACAGGCAAAUCUGUGGGGGCUUUUGCUAAGGAUGAUCCCUUUGGGUUCAUCAUGCCCCGCGCCAACAUCUACGACCUCAUCGGGCACGGCUGGCUGGGCCACUGGUGGAUGGGUGGCCUCCGCUGCUACGACCGGGGCGAGGCAGCUGACGACAUGUUCCGUUUCUAUCACGAGAUCUUCCAGGUCAAGCCGGUUACGAAGACCUACCUCAGCUAUUACUUGGAGGUCAGUAGUGAUAAAAUUCACGUAAUAAAAUGCACUCAUAGUAAAGUUCUUGCUCCGUACAAUCAAACUGUGGAAUGGACUGUCGUUUGCGGUAUUCCCAGACCAAAUGAUCUACAAUCUCUCAAGAAGCGAGCAUAA